ACAGUGGUGCAGUUGAGUUAGCAUUGUCUUCAUUCAAACUGUCAUUUCCCCUCUUCAAAUAUCCCCCAAAUUCUCCCUCCAUCUUCACCUCCAAAACCCUAAUUUCACCAUUCAUUCUUCCAAAUUCUCCAUUUCUCAACACAAUUCAAUCACAUAUUUCUCAAUUAAACCUCCAAUUCCACCCCAUUCACCCUCCAACACAUCACAAUCGCUCCAAUUCUGACCAGAUCUACUGCGUUUUUCUGUGUGUUGAACAUCUCACAGAUCUCUUACACUCAACAAUGGUAGCUGAACCAUGGCUAGUCAGAUUAGGCAAUCAAAUGACUUCGAAACACUCGAAUCAAUCGAAACAAUCGAAACAAUCGAAGAACAACAAGCAUGAAGCUAAUCAAGCCGUUGAAACGAUCGGAAUCUUAUCAUUCGAAGUGGCGAACGUGUUGUCAAAAACCGUUCAUCUCCACAAAUCGUUAACAAACGCCGAAAUCUACAAAUUGAAAACCAAGAUUAUUAACACAGAGGGUGUAAAAACCCUAGUUUCGUCAGACGAAACGUAUCUUCUAGAACUCGCGGUAUCCGAGAAGCUAGAGGAUUUGAAUAUCAUUGCUGGAGUUGUAUCCAGGCUUGGUAGGAAGUGUACGGUCACACAACUGCAAGGGUUUCAGCAUGUGUAUAAUGAUAUUGUUACUGGAGUUAUCGAUGUUGGUGAAUUAGGGUUUUUAGUGAAGGAUAUGGAUGCAAUGGUGAGGAAAAUGGAGAGGUUUGUUAAUACAACUGCUAGUUUGUAUAGUGAAAUGGAGGUGUUGAAUCAGUUAGAGGUCGCGAAGAAUAAGUUUCAGCAGAAUCAGCACGAGGAAAGCCGGAAAGCGUUUGAGCAGAAAGUGGUGUGGCAGAAGCAGGAUGUGAGGCAGUUGAAGGAUGUUAGUUUGUGGAAUCAGAGUUUUGAUAAGAUUGUAGAGAUGCUUGCUAGAACGGUUUGUACGCUUUAUGCGCGUAUUUGUUUGGUUUUUGGUGAGACCAUUGCGAGACGAGAGAUGUUUUCGAAUAGUUCGGGUUCGGUUUCGAGGGGAAAUUUGGGAAGUUUACAGUCGCGCAGUGUGAAAUCUGGUGGUGGUUUUAGUAAGGUUUCUAAGGCUCAGGCGGGAUUGAAAAAGGGGGAAAUGUCGUCGUUUAAAGGAGAAGAUUUUAGUUUUGCUUGCGGGUUGGGACCGGGGAGAUUGUUUAUGGAAUGUUUAAAUAGGAACGCUUCGGUUUCAAAGUUGGAUGAUUUUGACGAUGGUUCUGUUACAAAAGGUGAUGAUGUAAGCAGCCAGGUUUCCGGUUCUUGUAGUGUGGCAAGCAGCGUAAGAAAAGAUAUCACGAAUCAUCCGGAUUUACAAACUCGGGUUCCAGGAGAACAAAGACGGGUUAAAACGAACGGGGUGAGCGGGUUUAAAACGGAUCCGAAAAACCAGCUAGUGGUACAAGCUUCUCAAAACACUAUUGGAGGGUCUGCGUUAGCGUUGCAUUAUGCUAAUGUUAUUAUCGUGAUCGAGAAAUUACUUCAAUACCCGCAUUUAGUAGGUGAGGAAGCUAGAGAUGAUUUGUAUCAAAUGUUACCAACAAGCUUACGGUUGGCGUUGAAGACGAGUUUAAAGUCUUACGUGAAAGAUCUAGCGAUAUACGAUGCGCCCCUUGCCCAUGAUUGGAAAGAUAGGCUUGACGGGAUUCUCGCUUGGCUUGCACCUUUAGCACACAACAUGAUUCGGUGGCAAAACGAGAGAAAUUUCGAGCAACAACAAAUUGUUUCACGAACCAACGUUCUUCUUCUGCAAACGUUGUAUUUUGCAGAUAGAACGAAAACAGAGGCAGCCAUUUGCGAGCUUCUUGUGGGGUUGAAUUAUAUUUGUCGUUACGAGCAUCAACAAAACGCGUUAUUGGAUUGCGCAAGCAGUUUUGACUUUGAAGACUGCGUGGAAUGGCAAACGCAAUAUUGAGCUUCGUGGUGGAUAUAUUGGAUUUGUGUGAGUGACGUUUUCGCUUUCUCCCAUUAUAUGUUGUGAAUAUUAGAAGUUUUGGCUUUGAAUAGAUUUUUAGCCAUUGUAAUUUGUAUGCAUGAGUUGUUUUAUGUACUUUGUUACAAGGCAUAUCAUAUCUCUUUGCCUUUGAAGUACAUAAUUUAACUUGACAACAGUCUACCUUAUUUAAACCUAUAACAUAUUUAACUGUUUGUCAGUUUC